CCUCCCAUCCCCCACCAGGCCCGCCACCGCCAACCUAUGCCCCGACCCAGCCCCAGAUCCUCGUCAUGCCCCUCCCAGAGGCUCCCUCCUUCUUCUGGGGACGCACGAUCCAAGGCGAGGUCUACGUCAAGGGGCUUGGUGAGGACCGCUCCCAGGCGGUCAAGAGUCUGACCGUCACCGCGCGCCUGCUGGACCGCGCAACAGGCAUGCCAGACAUGGACCUCGCAUCCUUUCCGACACAAACCCUCUACCCGCCGAGUGGCGCGAACGCGUCCUCUUCCGCAGCGCCCCCAUUCCCUCUCUCGCACCGCUUUGCACUCGAGCUCCCACCCAGCUUGCGCAAUGGUUCCCCUCUCCCCGGCGGCCUCGACCUGGGGCCUGAUAACGCCAUCCGCUGGUUCGUCGACGUCAACCUUACCCUCGCAACAGGCGAGGUCGUCACUGAACAGCUGCGGGUCGAGGGUGUGCCGCCUGAGCUCGACGUGGGCGAGGACCCCGAGUCCGAGGACGCCGUGGCGCGUCUCGAGCGGGCAGGGGUGAGUGUCCGCCUCGUGCUGAGCUGCACCACUCCACGACUGGGCGAUUCACUGCACAUUGGCGUUGAGGUGUGCCCAGCGAGGCGAGAGCGCACGGGCCUUGCAGGUCUUGUGGCUCAGCCGGACCCGAACGAAGUGCUACGUCCGCUGCGGCGCGUGCGCGUAGAGCUCGUGCGUGUGGUCAAUGUAGCGGCCCCGCCGCAGAGCAGCGCUGCCGGCGCAAUAGGUGGCGUUAACACCGUGUCCACCACUGUCCAUGCCAGCGGCAAGAGCUUGCGUUACCCAGGCGCAGUGGGAAAGCAUCCACCACUGCGCGUGCUGUUUGCCCUCCCGACCGCCCAGAUCCACCAGGGCAUGCUGGCGACAGGCGGGGAAAUCUCGGCACGCACAACAUACCACGACAUCCACUUUGUCGUGCGCGCCACACUUGGGUUUGGCGAGCGGUAUGAGCAGGCUCAGAGUUCAAGUGCGGGCGAGGGCUGGACGGUUGAGCAAGAGAUCACUGUUCGCCCACCGGCGUGGAGGGAGCCAGCUACUGUCGUGAUUGAGGGCGGAAUGGCGCCGGCGCCAGGGAUCGGGGGAGAGAGCACUGUCGGUGACGAUGUCCUCUCCCCUCCGCCCGAGGACGACAGUGCAGCCGCGCGAGAAGCGUACCGCCGCAAGGGGCGAGACGUUGUGGGCGCUGGAGGCACGACUCGUGUUGAGCACGCGCACCCCGACGCACCUCCUCCUUUCGACGGAGCUGGGCCGAGUGGCAGCCACAGCGCGGACAUGGACACGGACACUGAUAGCGACACGAGCGAGGAGCCGGUCGGGUUGCCGAGCUUCAACGAAAGCGAGGCGCAAAUGCGUUCCGGCGCCGCGCCGCGCCUCCACGAUGCGCCCGAGAGCGAGCGCCUGCAGCCUGUUGCAUUUGAGGAGUGUGCGCCCUCCCCAAGUGCUCGCCGGCCGAGCCUCCACGGCGAGCUGGCCAGCUGGACGGAGUACGACGGUUACGAGACGUUCAGCAUGGCGCCGCCUCCGGCGGCGGCCUCCUUUGGCGUGCCCGGCAUCAUGGAUCCGCCGGGAGACGAGGCGGCGAACGCGGCAGUUGCGGGCGAUAUCGCCGCGCGCCUCGGCCUCGGCGGCGCGCCCAGCGACCCCGCCGCGCUCAUGGAGCAGCUGGGGCUGGCGCACGGCCGCGUCGUAGACCUCCAAGACGACCUGCCGCCGGGGAUCGACGAGCCCUCACUGCCCGCGCUGCCGGGCUUCGGCGGCGCCUCGCGCGGCUUCACGCGCGAAGAGUAUCCGCGCUUCAUGGAUCCGUUCGCGCAGCGCCCGCACGUCGAGGUCGACCACCCGCCGAGCUUUGAUGCGAGCGAGGCGGCUGAGGCGAUCGGCGGCGUCGCGCGCUCCCGCGUAGGCAGUGUGCGCAUGGCGAUCGAGGAGCGCCCGGACGCGCCCCCAGGAUACUUUGGCGGCCCGCAUGUCGCGCCGCAUGGCGGGCCGCCGGCUUAUGGGUCGUGAGAUGUGUAUCAAGUCAUGAAUUGUGGCAUAGUCGCGCAUGGUGUCGGAGUGCCGAUCGAUACGAGAUAGGCGAUCAGUCGCCCGGUGAGGCCCGGUGACGCUGGUUCACGCUUCAACGUCCGACAGCCUUCUUUUCACAUUGCACUCAUGCCUCUGUGCCAUGUCACUUCAGAGUCAGUCAAUUAAUACAGUUCCCAGGAUAUACAUCAUUGGCAGAAAUGACAUUGUAUCCAGCUCCAGG